AAUCUUCAAAUCCAUAACCAGUGAACUCAGUGAACUGAAAAAAGAAAACCCGGAAUUUUAAAGACAAAAAAAUGCCUUCUUCUCCGUUGAUUCUUCUCUCAAAAACCAUGAUUUUCCCAGACCAAAAAUCAAACCUUGAAGACCUCAAGCUUUCAGUUUCCGAUCUUCCUAUGCUAUCUUGCCAUUACAUUCAAAAAGGUUGCCUCUUUACUCGCCCUUCAAUCCCCAUUAAUUCACUGAUUUCCCUUCUCAAACAAUCCUUGUCCAAGACGCUGUCGUUUUUCCCUCCUCUCGCCGGCCGUUUUUACACAGACCCAAAUGGUUACAUUUACAUUACUUGUAACGACGCCGGCGUUGAAUUCCACCAUGCCAAAUGUGACACCAAGUUCAUCCGUGACGUCAUCGGUCCGGUUCAUGUACCGGAGUUGGUUAAAGAGUUUUUCACCUUUGAUAAAACGGUGAGUUAUCGAGGACAUUAUAAACCGAUCAUGGCGGUCCAGUUCACUGAGUUAGCUGAUGGGGUUUUUAUUGGGUGCUCAGUUAACCAUGCGGUGACUGACGGUACGUCGUUUUGGAACUUUUUCAAUACUUUUGCUGAAAUUUGCCGGAAAGUUAGUAAUAACAAUAAUCAGAGCGUUGAAAAAAUUUCCCGGCGGCCGGAUUUUUCACGGGAAUCGGUUUUGAUUUCGUCUGCGGUUUUGCGAGUACCGGAAGGAGGACCCAAGGUUACUUUUAACGAAAACGAGCCAUUACGUGAGAGAAUUUUCAGUUUUAGCAGAGAAGCUAUAAUGGAACUUAAAGCUAAAGUUAACAACAAAAACGAUGCGUUUCAACUCACCGCCGGCGAUUUCAACUUCAACGCCGUUGAAAUUAUGGGGAAACAAAGUAACGACAAGUAUUUACCGGGAAUUUUCGAAAAUUUUUUCAAAUGCGCCGCCGUUUCAACAACGCCGGAGAUUUCAUCGUUUCAAUCACUCUCAGCUCUUCUAUGGCGAGCAGUCACACGAGCAAGGAAACUUCCGGCUAGCAAAACGACGACGUUUAGAAUGGCGGUGAAUUGCCGUCACAGGUUGAACCCAAAAAUGGAUCCUUUAUAUUUCGGAAACGCAAUUCAAAGCAUUCCGACUUACGCAUCGGCCGGUGACGUCACGUCACGUGACAUACGGUGGUGCGCCGAGCAAUUGAACGAAAGCGUGAAAGCUCAUGACGACGAGACAGUUCGUCGUUUUAUUUGUAAUUGGGAAAAGGAUCCACGGUGUUUUCCGUUGGGAAAUUUCGAUGGUGCUUCGAUGACGAUGGGGAGUUCACCGAGGUUUCCGAUGUACGACAAUGAUUUUGGAUGGGGUCGGCCGUUGGCAGUUAGGAGUGGCGGAGCUAAUAAAUUUGAUGGGAAGAUCUCCGCCUUUCCAGGGCGGGAAGGGAACGGUAGCGUUGAUUUAGAGGUGGUUUUGGCGCCAGAAACGAUGGCCGGGAUCGAGUCGGAUCGCGAGUUCAUGCAAUAUGUAACCGUUUAAAAUCGAACGGUGUAGAUGUAUUUUUAUGUUAUUACGUGUUAUGUUUUAGACCGUUGGAUAGGUUUGGUUUUAAGUAAAGAUGGGUCCAGGAUUAUGGGAUUGGUGGUUUUCAUAACGGUCUUGAUGUUUGUGAUCUAAGAUAUGUAACACAGUAAUUAUAGGUUAAAUAAAUAAUAAUUUUGGAAUUAAAA